AUGGAGGGGCUUAGUGUCACCAUGCAAGAGGCUUGUGAGAAACAGAUUUAUGAAGGUGUUUCUCUCCCAAAUAGGGGGCCCAUUUUAUCUCACGUAGUUUAUGCGGAUGAUGUCACUUUUGUCGGGUUGAAGGUGAAUCUCAACAAAAGCAAAGUGUUUGGGAUCGGUGUACAGGAGAUGGAGGUUAGUAGAUUGGCUAACAUUCUUUGUUGUGAGGCCAGUAAAUUCCCUUUUACUUAUCUUGGGCUCCCGAUAGGAGCCAAUAUGAAACUUGCCAAACACUGGAGACCAAUUGUGGAUAAAUUUAAAAAUAAAUUAUCGAAUUGGAAAGCCAAUAAUCUCUUGUUUGGGGGAAGGUUUACCCUUGUUAAAUCUGUUUUGGGUAGUCUUCCGUUAUUUUAUUUCUCUCUUUUCAAGGCGUCGAAAAAAGUAAUUGAAAAUUUGGAAAGUAUUAGAAGAAAUUUUUUAUGGGGGAAGAAAGAAAAUAAAAGAAAGAUCAAUUGGGUAGCAUGGAACACAUUGACUAAACCGAAAAGAAAAUGA